AUGAAAGAUAAUAAUUUGGAAAAACUGCUUCGCCAGCUAGAAAAUGGCGAACUUUCCGAAGAUAACGGCGAAUCUGAUGGAGGUGAAUUGGAUUUCUAUCCAAGUCGACAGGAACUUUUGGAUGAUUUAAAAGCUGACGAAGGAGCUGUUGCUGAGAGUACUGAGCAGUUCAAUGAAGAUGAUCCACCUUUGGAAGGCGAUGACGUUGCUCCUGGCUGUGAUAAUGAUCCUCCUUUACUUGUAGAUGUCAACGCCCUAAGUACUUCUCAGAGCUCAAGUUUCUUGUCAACCAGUCGAAAUCUAUUGUGGAGGAAACGGAACCUGGUUUUUGAGGAAGAUAAAAUAGCUUUCUUAGGGUCUGAUGAAUUCCCUAAUGACAUCAUGGAGCUAAGCACGCCGUUCCAAUUCUUCAAUUACUUCUUUACUGAUGAGUUGAUAUAA